AUAAAGCUCGUCAGACCACCCGCCACUUUGAUUUUCUUCACUUUAACUAUAUGAUAUAAUCCACAUAAGCAGUAUGCACUGGGAGAAAUCGCCACCAUCAGCCCUGGCCAGGUCCAGACCGUACCAAGGUGUUCGAGUCAGAGACCCGGUCAAAGAGCUGCUGAGGAGAAAGAGGAGUCUGGAGCCACACAGCACCAAGGCAGCGCCCCCUACUGCAGAUGUGGUCACAAGCAACAACCAGUCAUCAUACACACAAGGCAUGUUUGGCCCUGAUGUUGCCGGCGGCUCCCCAGCUGAGCCGCCGACUGCAGUCGCUGAUGGAGGGCUGCAGUGCGCAGGAUGGAGAGCUGCACCACCUGUCAGCAGCACCUGCCUGCAGCCUGCUGUAACAUCCUGGUCGUCAUCUGAGUACAACCAGCAGGACCCUUCAGCUCAGACUCUGGCCUACCCAGCAACCCCCACCCUCACUGCAGAUGUGUACAUGCAGACUCUGUGUCCCAGCUACACCAUGCUGACCUACACACACACACCAUUGCUCACUAACUUUGGGACCAUACCUGUGGCCUCCACACCAGGCUCCCUCCCUCAAAUGGAUCUCCCAGACUCAGGGUUGACCUACCUCCCCUGGGCCCAGCCCAUCACCACCAUAUCUACCAUGCCGAACCCGGGGGUCCAGUUCGCCCCCGGCUCUACAGCCCUGCCAGCUUCACCUCUGGUCCACAUGCCCCUGUCCAUGUCUUUGACCACCAUGAUUCCUCAGCUGGAUGCUCAGGGUGUAGAUCAUCCUCAUCCACAGAUACUGGACCUCCCGCAGCGUUCAGAACACCAGCUGGACCCUGAGCCACAGGGCCAGUCUCUGGAUGAAGAUCCAGGAAUAGAGUCGGACUCACCGAACCUCCUGGAUAAACUUCUGGAGGAUCAAAAGGGUGACGGCGGAGAGGAGGGCAAAGACUCGUACAGCAGCUCACUCUUUAUUCCGAGUGUCUAAAAAUAUGAGUGUUCGUGUGUUUGUAGAGAGCAGCUUUUCUUUCUGUUUGCUUCUGAGGAGCCGUCAUUAAAGGAUAAUUUGGGUUUAUUACAA